ACAUCCAACAAUCAGCUGAAGAGCAGAAACUCAGUGAUGGCAAACGGGUCGAUCCUUCUGCCUGUGUGUCACGCAACGAAUUGAAGCAACAAAUUUAACUGCAGCUUUUCCUGCGUUCUCUUAUGACUACCUCGAGACGUGCAUCAUCGUCGCCACGCGUGAUGACGCCAUGGCGAUCAGCCUGAGGCGCGUCACUGUUGCCGUGCUCGCAAUUUACAUCGUGCUGACCUGUUACACUGCCUACGUGCUGAUUUCCAAGAACUACAGCUCUAAGCCGAAAGAGAGUGGACGGAAAGGCCCGUCCCGUUUGUCAGGAUCCAAAGAAGGAGCCGAAUGGAAUCCGUGGGGAGAAGAGCUUAGCCGAAGCAACUCGUCACGUCUGGCCCACACGAUUGAGAUAUGGGGCAAGGCAGCCAUAGGCUUGUAUCUAUGGGAGCACAUCUUCAAUGGCAAAUUGGAACCAAAGGGAGAUGGAUCCUGGAGCUAUGGCUUCAGAAAGGUCGGCAACCUGAAGUUCAAGUUUAGGACUGGCCCGUGGAUUGUGCCAACGACAGUGCCCCAGGACGUGACGCACGUCGUCCUGGUGCUCAAUGGACGGGAGCCAACCAAGGUAACAGCUGCCCGGGCAUGGCUGGAUGCACUGCCCAGCUUCCGUCGACUCAAGGGAGUCGCCGUGGUCCUGCUGGGAGACGAGGCGUGCUCUGCAAACACUUGGCUGCUGCCGUACCUCAAGUCACAUGGUGGCAGGGUGUCGGCUGCAUUCAUCGUCUACGACACGCCACUGGUGGACGACGUGGAGGUAUUCCAGUGGCCCCUGGGUGUUGCCACGUACCGUGGCUUUCCCAAGGCCCCCAGCACACUCCUGGCAUCCGAGGGUCAACGCCCUUAUCCAUGCAACUUUGUGGGCACCGUCUAUCCAGGAUCGUCACGUGAAGAGCUGUUGCGUGUCCUGGGUGACCGUGGUGCCCCCUGCUACCUAAACACCCGCAAUGAGUGGCGGCCGCUGGAAACCAAGGAGUCUCUUGAGUCGUAUCUCUUGGCUCUCAAGCUGAGUGACGUCACACUGAACCCGGCAGGCAAGAACCCCGAAUGCUACCGCAUUUACGAGGCGCUAGAGUUUGGCUCGCUGCCCGUGCUGGAGGACCGGACGGUGUCGCCCGGUUGCGCUCGCGCAGACGACGCCAACGGAACCUUUCGUCUACUCAAGAAGCACAAGGCACCACUCGUGUUUGUUAAAAACUGGACGCUGGAAUUGAUGCCCAUUCUGGAGAAAGAGAUCGGCAUGAAACCCCAGGAGCGGGUGGACAGAAGGCAGGCCAUAGUGUCCUGGUAUUCAUCUUUCAAGCGUGCCAUGAGAGACAGGUUCGUGCGUGUGCUGACAGACAAGUUCUUCGGCGAGGAGAUCAAGGACACAUGACGAACGUUGAUGAUGCGCAGCAUCUACGACGCACUUAGGACAAUGGUUUUAUCCUGGUGAUGCACGUGAUGGCGUGUGAAAUGAUGCAUAGCAUCAUACACAGCCCGAGGUCUGCAGCUUCGUCAUGGUAACGGACGUUGCAAUAGAUCAGACUGCAACGGUGAUGGAGUACAGUGCCAAGCAUGACUCUGUGUUCAGCACGGCGCUACGUGUUCAGUUUUUCAGUGAGAACUCAGCAUUGCAGCUGUCAUCUCAGUGCCAAGACACGAAAUACAUCCGCAGACCGUCAUUACAUCUGCCUAAAGCUUUUGCCAUAAGUCGUGCAUGUCUUCCAUGACAAAGAAUUCAGUGUAUGUGCACAGCUCCGGUGAAAGUGUCGACAAAGUGAUCCAAGUACAAGUUGUCUGUGGAAAUCAUAAAGUGUGGGGAAGCUUCGCUUCGUAGGAGAAAGUGAUGAUUGUUCGCCCCAUGCUACAUGGUGAGCUUGAACAAGUGAUUACUGCAUUUCAAAAGAGACUUCUAGUUUCUGUAUUGAGAAUUUAGUUGCCUGCAGGUGGCCAUGAACCUCAAUGUAUGCAAAGUGUACACGUACAUUAUCUUAGCUACUGAAAGCAUCAGUGAUACUCUAUCCCUGUCAAAUGUCUAUAUCAUCUGCAACUUUUUAGCUAGUCUUGCGUGCUGUAGAAGGCCAGUGAUUAUCCAUUGUUCAGAAGUAUCAUCCCAUUGUGAUGUGGACAGAAUACACUACUGCUUAUUAUUCAUACUGUGAGAAAGCAGCUGAAUGAGAUACAAGUGGUUGAGUUGAAGAAAGGCAUCAGCACAUUCCUCGAAGAAAUUGUGCAUGGAGGUACAAGCAAGUAAAAGUGUGCCCCUGUCAAUGCCUCCAUUAUAUGGCUGUGUGGAGAAGGUCCUGUGGCACUCCUGACAUUUCAGACUUUUGGAUAGAUGUCGCCAGCAACAUAGUCCAUUUACAUUUUACAGAGACUGCACAUAUACAUGGGGCAUGUGUGUACGUGAGAGCGAUGCAAUAAGUACUUAAGUUCUUGAUGCAUUACAGUGGAAUCAAAAUAAUAUGAAUGACCUGUACGGUAUGCCAGGUUACAUGGGCUGGAAAAGGUGUUCUUUACUCAAAAAACUAGCCUGAGAAGUUAGUGUGUAUUUAACGAGAAUACAUGUAGACACCAUGCUUGAGGAUGUGACAACAUUAAUUUUUAAUGUGUAAGCAUUUCUAUGCCGACUCAACAAGAAAUCUUUGUGUCUGUCCCUCUGUCACAUAAGACAAAUGGCUACAGUAAAAGCUUGUUUAUUCGAACUUGAAGGGGACUAUAAAAUUGUAGUAAUUAAAAGGAGUUUGAGUUAGCCGGUGGCUGCUACAAUGAAUGGACAUCACGCCACACUGAGUGGGCAGAACCCAAAGAAGCCACCUCUGGACUCAUCGCAAAUUAGGAACUACUACACAUUUGUGGCAGGUGAUUUCAUGGAGCUCUAACAGCAAAGAGAAUUAAUUGGUCAGCCAGUGAUACACCAGAAACAAGCGCAGACAUGCAUUCAUGCAAGCAGUUAGCCUUAAUGUCAAAAUAUGUAAUGCUAUUUAUGCUCCCAAAACACGUUUAUUUACAUGGCAGAGUUAACGCAAUCAAAAUGAAAAGUAAUCAGUAAUCUGUAUUUGCUUGCGUUCUGUCGCGACUCCAUGAGCAUCGCUUGCAGCUUGCCCAAGAGCUCCAGCGCAGCGUCCGAAUUCUUAUCUGCUGAGAAAUGCUGCUGUUUCCUUGUUUUGAAUCUCUAGUAAAUUUUGCUUGGUUUGGUUUUGCAACACAUUGUGAUCACUCGGCCGAAUUCUGCGAGGAUCAAUGAAAGCUAGGGGCUCCCAGUUCAAAUUAAUCGUUGUGGAUACUGACAGGUUCAAAUUAUCGGGAGUUUGUCCCCAUAGAAAUACACAGGGCUGUGCUGGGAGCAGGGUGGCAGUUCGAAUUAACCGAUUUCAAAUUAACGAGCAUUUACUGUAUAGUAAAGAAGUCAUUGUACAAAGUAAAGCUUUUUGGCAGUGCUGGGUUUUGAAGCCAAGGCCCCAUGCUCUGAAGGCGAGUGUCUUACUCGUUGGGCUCAAUACCCAUGCUCGCAGAAUGUCAGUAUAUCAGAAGUGUAUGAAUUCAUAGUACUGACAACGCAGAACAAAUGUAAAGGGUGUGGGAGACAGCCACGUCUCUGCAGUCUCAGCCUGAAGCCACGUCCAGCUGAGGCCCAGCUGUGGCACACGUGCCACACAGAAUGUGUGCACGUUGUCCUCUCAUCUUUUUUUUUUCUACAGCGUUUCUCAGGCAGCCAUCUCCACUCUGCCCCUCCCUCUUUGGAGAUGAUGGCACUGGCCUGUGGCAGCCUCCUGCAUCCGCACCCCCAAUGGCAGCGAAACCUUGGGAGUUGGUGCACUGAGUGAGGAUUCAGCGAGGCACGCAACAUUCAAGACACCAACGUCUUGCAAGAGUUGGCAGCUUCUAAACCUAGCAGGCUUCUCGGAUAUACGUGGCAAAGAUGUGACAGACCUGGUAGUGCAGCUUCCGGCUUGAGCUCUUUGAGGCACCUGUGCAUCCGAAAAUGUCGGAGGAGGCAGCAGCAGAAGACGCUGCUGCUGCUGAUUCAUUGAUAUCCUCGAUCGUGCAGUCAAGAAUGGCACCAUUGUUUUCAUCAUGACAUGCUAUUCGUGCUUGUCAUUCGUUUGGGUUGCAAAUCUAGCAGAGCUUGUGCAUUGAUAGCUGAAUCUGGUUUCUUCUAUCAUCACCUUCUUGAGCUGGGACAUCCUCGCUGACACAGGCAGUUCAAUAUUGUCGCAGGAAUGUGCAUUGAACAUGUCACAGAAUCAUCCUCUUCCUCCUCCAUUUCUAUGUCUUCCUGCUCUCACUUCCUCCGCAGUGCUGACACUGCAUCCUGGACUGUCCCAUUUCUCACCGGCAAGCUUCCAUUUCUUGGGCUUGCUCUUUCAGUCUGUCUCGUCCUCCAUGCCCGACUCUUUGUCACUGCUAUCUGUGUCUUUUGUGUCAGCAUCCUUGUUCUCUGUGUUUUUGUUAGUGUCCUCGAUUCUGGCGAGCACAAUAACAAAGAUGUCCCUGUGAUGAGCGGUCUUGCAGUGUUUCUCUCAUGUUUGUUGAGUAAGCCUGGGCACCCUCCAGAUGCACCCGUUGUAAUCUGCCAGCCACUUCAGCUGUUCCCAGUUGUCAUAGUUGCUGUUGCAUUUGGCGGUCAUGUCAGUCGCUUGAGAUGCACACCACUCCUGGUGCCUUCCAGCAGGCCUGGAUGUGUUCUGGGUCGCCUGGAGGAUGCAGCCGAAAUGGUGGCCCUCAAAUGCAAGGGAUCGUCCAUUGCCCUGUAUUGCUCACCAGCUCUACUGGCAAGGAUUUUCACACAGCCAGACAGCGCUUAUUCACAAGCAACAGAACAUGCAACGUGGCCUCCUCCAUGAACGCUGUCUUUCCCGGAAAGCAGCCCGGGCACCACGUUGGAGGCGUCAGUGUGGGAGACUGUCGCAUCUCCCACACUGGUGCUCUAUCAGUAAGGCAUCCUUUGCAGGUGCCUCCUCUUGACGUCCUGAUGCGGCUUCUAGUGCCACCACUGAACUUAUGCAGAAGCGUCUGGCCUACCUUCCCUUAUACUGCACACCUGAAGUGGCUAGCCAGCCUUAGUGCAGUGACAUGCCUCUGAGUAGGUGGCUGCUACCUCUCGCUGCCUGCUAGGUGCACGUUCCUCAGCGAGGUCACAGAGGGGCAACCCGGUGUUCAUCUGAACCCUUGGGCCUGCAGGAUCGUGGAAAACCUUGAAACGUUUAGGGCCCUUAGGUGCCUGUUAUUCCUCACACUCGGAGCUGCACAACCUGGCCUGUUGCAUCUUUGCCAGGUACAUCUGAGAAGCCUGCUAGAUUUAGGAGCCGUGGGCUCCUCAAAGAUCUUGGCAUCUCACACGUUGUCUGCACCCUAAAUCCUCACUUGGUGCACCAGUUCCUAAGGCUUCAAUGCUGGCCACUGCGGGCCUGUACCAUUGCCUCUGCAGAGGGAGGGGCAGUGUGGGGAUGGCUGUCAGAGGAACACUGAGGUGGAGAAUAGAAAAAAACACAGCAUAUCCACAGGGUGAAUGAUGAUGAGUGGGGCGAAGCUCCGGAGGGAAUCAUCGGUAAACCGUGAAACUCUUCCGUGAAAUUCGCCCAGUACAUCAUAUAAAGAGUGAAACACCGUGUAUAUAUUAAACAUCAAACUUUUAUUGUACUGUUGUUUUACGUGGUUCCUUCAUUAUCACCGCUUUGUGAUCGGUGAAAUGCAGGAAAAGUGUCCGCUCCCGAGCGAAAGAGAAAGCGCGCCAAGAGCGAGCGCGACUCCGAACGAAAGAGAAAGCGCGCCAAGAGCGACCGCGUUCCCCGCUCGCCCUGUGAGAAUUAACGGCAAGGCUAGAGGGAAGACAUGACGCGCGUAGCGUUCCUCUUCGCGUUCCACGAUGCGAGGUCGGUAGCACGCCCAACGAAAGCCAACAGAACACAAUUGUGCAAGUGCUCCGGCUUUGCAUCGCCUGCACAUAAAGCGUCCCAAAACCAAACAUCUUGCUCAAGGUGUGCUUUGCGUUUUUCUUAGAAAUAAUUUAUCAUGUACAUUAAGACGAAAAGGUGAAAGCUCACUAGAGUAUAUCGCCCGCAAAGUAUGUCUUUUAGUGUGAUUAAAUCAAGGAACACUACGAGAUUGUCUAAAUUAUCAUAUCUAGUGAAUUGCUCAUCUAGUGAGCAAUUCAUUAAACUAGCGCUGGCUACAUACAUACUACUAAUACUACUACAGAGGAGGGAACGACCCACACCCUAAGGAGCUUCGCCCCUAAAAGGAUGAAGUGUGUGUGUGAUGCGUGGCAUGUGUUGGUUGCAGCCCUGCCUGGAGGCUGGCAGACGUUACUGGGCGUCACAGGCAUGGCUGUCUUGGACCAACCGCUGAGACCAAGACUGUAUAGACAUGGCUAUCUCUCACAAGAGAGAAUUAUUGGGAGUUAGCACUCAUGUGUUUCACUUUUUGCCAUCUCCGCUUAUCGUGGCUUCAUAAAGCUAUCUUAAAAUGCACGUGAAGCUUCCGAUGGCGUCUUUUUGAUUUGAGGACUGAUUCACAUGCACCCUCCUGUUCAGUGUGCAUGCAACAUGAACAAGCUGCCAGUCAUGGAAUCCUGCGAGCUAUUUAGCCACUACAUUUCUAGAAGCAAGCUCUUCGAGUUGACAACCACAUGUACUCAUAUUAAGACAAGAUUUUUGUCUGCGGCUACCAAUACAAAAUAUUAGAUUUUGGUCAGCUACCUUGAAAUACUGACUGUAGGAGUGGUUAACUUCUUGUAAAUAUGUGCACCGACCCUUAUAAAUAGUAAUGCGUCUUGGAAAGACACUGUGGAACAGCAAGCAUUUGAGGGUAUGACUGCAGACGACUGCAAAUUUUCUUCAGUGUCUAGUAACUGCGUCUAGUAGCAGUCAGCAAGUGGGCCAUUUUAGACAUUUCCACAGACCGGUGACUUCCGUCUUUUAUAAAGAAGGGCUGUACCCCGAUCCAUUCCUUGCAAUGAGUUUCUCUUAAAUAGAUUGCACGGGGACAGUGACGUACACAGGUGGUUGACCUAGUUGUGCGUUUUGGUGAGGGUGGCAUGCAUUGUGUGAAUUAUGAAUCUGUUUGUCUUUUUGAUAAUGAAUUGUGUUUUUUCAAUGCAUUCCUGCAAUGAAUGCUUGAGUUGUGGGUGCACGUUUUUGUAUAUAUGUAUAUAAGACCCUGCUCUGUAAAUAAAGAUUUGAAGUAUCUGUCAUACACGUUUUAUGCAUUGUAUUUUUUAUGUGUUACUAUCCUCAUUUAUAAGGGGAAUUAUCCAGCAUAUGAGGAGGUGUUGUAAACUCGAG